AUGUCCUCAUCAGUUGUGCCUCAUGUCCCUGAACUGAAUGAAGAUCAACUGGCUUCUUUAAAAGACAAAAUCCAAGAAAGACUUGAAGUUCAAUCUUGCGAAGAUGGAAUUCGCCGGGCUUGCAUGUGCAAGUACCACAAGUACUCAGAAGAAGAAGAGAUUUUGUUGGAACGAGAAACUGGCCAGACCAAGGUUGAGCUAGCCGCCUGCAGCCAUGCUGUGUACACACCUGGAAUCACGAACUCCGGAAUCAUCCUUCUCUGCGAUCCAAUGAACACCGAACUCAUGGGUUCCCGAUUAAUGAUGCAGCAACUCCAAGAAGCGGGCCACCACGUGAUCAAACCCAAUUUAUUCCAGUCGCCAGAUUUGCAUAUAGAUUUUAUGAACGCGAUCGCUUCGUAUUUUGGCAGAAGCGAAGGAAUCAAGAAUAUUCCAAAACCGGUGGAUUUGAGUCGAAGAUUUUUACUCAAUCAAGGUUGCGCGACGAUCUCUUUAAUAGGAAUCUGCUGGGGCGGCUGCCUCGUCCAGGAAAUACUCGCCACUGACGACUCUUACGCAGGCGGAAUUUCGAUUGAUGGACUUUUCUACCAGAAGGAUUUUGCAGCUCUUUCUCCGUCACUUUUUCUGAUUGGGAAUGACAAAAUAAGAACAGAUCAGCAUUUGAUGAUGAAAAACGUCAUGUGGAAUAAUAAUGUUUACCCGUGGGAAGUGAUCCUCCACGAUUUCCCGCUGGUGCAUGGAUGGUUCGCCAAGAUCUUUGCCUGUCAGGAGCAUGGGAUGUCUGAAAACAUCGAAGUCUGCACAAAUCGACAGAAGGAAUUUGCUAAUAUGUGCGCUCAUGCUAAGGCGACGGCUAAUGAUUGUAUGGGGAAAAUUCUCGAUUUUCUGGCCCAAUUCGCCAAUGAAGCUCCAGUUGUCUUUUCCGGAUCAAAAUCUACAAGCGCGAGAACUCACAAUUUCUCCCCAAAUCGAAUGAGCCCCAAUUCUACUGGACUCAACUCUCCUUUCUCGAGCAACCUGUCUCAGGAUUCUUUCUAG